GAAAGGUAACGCAGAGCUUGCCCGGCUGCUUUUGGCCGCCGGUGCUCAGCCAAAUGAAGACACACCGAUGCGCCACGCUAGGGUACCUCUGAACUGUGCAUGCGAGAGAGGCCAUGCUGAGGUGGUAAGCCUGCUGUUAGAAGCUGGGGCAGACAAGAACGCCAAGGGAGGCUGGUCCAGGGGUUUUCCACUCAUUUGCGCAGCCCGGACACGCCAAGCGAACGUUGUGCGUUUGCUGUUGGAAGCUGGCGCGGAUAAAGAUCUCACGAACGAGGAUGGUCGAACAGCGCUGAUGUCCGAUUGUUACAGCCCACCUGUCCCAUCUAUUGCGAAGUUGCUUCUGGAAGCCGGCGCGAACCCGAACUUGCAGGAUAAAGCUGGCAACACCGCUUUGUUUUUGGCUUCCCAGAAUGGAUUUGAGACGAAUGUGCGCCUUCUGUUGGAAAUGGGCGCUGACAGGGACCUGCAAAACAAGGAGGGUCAGACGGCCCUUUUCUGCGCAUCACACCGGAACCGCCCUGAGAUUGUAGCUUUGCUUCUAGAUGCUCGUGCAGACGCAGAUGUGAGGACUUCUGCUGGCCACACGGCUCUGCUCUGUGUAGCUCGCAAGGGCAACCGGAAGCUGGUGGGAUUGCUGUUGGCUGCGAAGGCUGACAUGGACGUGGAGGACUCCGGCGGAACAGCUCUUUUCCACAGCUGUGACAGAGGUCAUGCGCAUGUCACCCGCUUGCUUGUGGAGGCUCGUGCCAAUCUGGACCGGCCGGGCUGUCGAGGCCAGGUUAAGGCUUAA